CUUGAAGUGCAGUCCUGUUGUGUAUUCCUGCCCAAUGAUAGCCUGCCUUCCCCAAGUACUAUUGUGUCAGGGGACAUUCCUGGGACUGUGCGAAGCUGGUACCAUGGGCAGGCCAGUAUGCCUGCCACACUUGUCGUCUGCUUGCCCCAGGUAAAGAUUAUGAGUGCUGGACACAAACACAUGGAACCAUUGCAGGAAAUCCCCUUUGUUGUGCUGAGACCCAUCCUGGAAGAAGGUGAUGCUUUUCCGUGGACUAUUAGUCUCCAUCGUUUCAGUAUAUAUACGCUUCUUGGACAACAGAUGACACUUAAUUUAGUGGAACCAAUGGGCUGUACAUCUACUUUAGCUGUUACUUCACAGAAACUGCUUGCUUCGGAGCCAGAAUCCAGACAUUCAUUUGUUGUCUGCCUCCAUGUUGACCUUGAAUCCCUUGAAAUAAAGUGCUCCAAUCCCCAGGUGCAGCUUCUGUAUGAACUGGCUGAGAUCACAAGUAAAGUUUGGAAUAAAAUUCAGAGGAAAGGAAUCCUGUAUCAAUCUUCUGUGUAUACUGAAAGCAUGACAGGACCUGCUCCUCCUAGCUCUCCAGUUAAAAGUAGUGUUGGUACCGCUCCACCAGAUACCAGCACAUACAGCCCAUCUGCUGACAUUGGGACUACUACAGAG